GCGCGGGGCGGGGCGGUGCGGCCAUGGCGGGCUGGGGCUGGGCCCGCACCGUUCGGGGGCUGCUUCUCGAUGUCAGCGGGGUUCUCUACGACGGCGGAGCCGACGGCGGUGUCCCCAUCGCGGGCUCGGCCGAGGCCCUGCGCAGGAUCAAAGCCUCUGGGCUGAAGCUGCAUCUCUGCACCAAUGAGACCCAAGAAACCCGGGAGAAUUUCGUUGGGAAGCUGCGUGCCCUGGGCUUUGAUGUGUCRGUGGCCGAGGUGACGGCGCCAGCUCCGGCCGCCUGCCGCCUGCUGAAGGAGAGAGGACUGAGACCACAUCUGCUGGUGCACAAUGAUCUCGUCCCUGAAUUUGCUGACGUUGAUAAGACAAACCCCAACUGUGUGGUUCUGGGAGAUGCAGCAGAAAACUUCACUUACGCCAACCUUAACGAGGCUUUCCGGCUUCUCAUUGGGAUGGAGAAGCCUGUUUUGAUCUCCCUUGGGAAAGGACGCUACUAUAAAGAAACCGAUGGUCUGAAACUGGAUGUUGGAGCAUAUAUGAAGGCAUUAGAGUACGCUUGUGAUGUCCAAGCCGAGGUUGUGGGGAAACCAUCAAAAAUGUUUUUUGAGGCAGCCCUGGCAGAACUGGGGGUUCCACCAGAGCAGGCCGUCAUGAUCGGGGAUGACAUCGAGAACGACGUGGGGGGAGCGCAGCAGUGCGGGAUGAGAGCGCUGCAAGUGCGCACGGGCAAGUACAGGCCCUCGGAUGAAAACCACCCCAAGGUGAAGCCGGACGCCUACGUGAACAACCUGGCCGAGGCUGUGGACAUCAUCCUGCAGCAGCAACGGGGCUGAGCCUCCUGUGCAGYCUCCAUGGAGCCCCUGGAUCCUGUCCCACCUCCAUCUCACCUCACCCAGCCCUGCCCAGCGUGGGGGGACACCCACCUUCUGAAAUAUUUCACAUGGUGGUACUAAAAUGAACUACUGACCUCAUCCAGGGCAGCACCAAAGCUGCUGUMCUCUGCAAGUCUCGAAUGUUCUGGGAGGGGCUCAGCCUCCUCCAGGCAAUGCUGGGGGGAUCUUCCCCCUUUUUAUCUUUGCUCACACCAGGGAGAUGCUCAGAUGGGCCCAGGCACCCCCUCAGAAUGGAUUUACCCAUUUAAYCCACACGUGCUGUGCCUUUUGGGGUGCCUGAGAUGGGAUGGGGUGUCCUUGGAGGCCACCAAGCCCCAGGGUCCUGUGUGUGCCUCRGUGGCACAAACCCCUGGGGAGGGGGCAGUCUUGGCAAAGCAGUGGCCGUGGCUCUGCCAGGAUUAGCCCACCUGGAACAGCCCCAGGGGAACAAGAAUCCAAUAACACCUGAGGGAAUAACUGCACCAUCCUGUCGGGAAUAAAUCCUUUGGAUCUGGCCUGUUUGUCGGUGUGUUCAGUGGGAUCAGCACUGCAGGGAUGUUGUUUACAGGCUCUGAAAUGCUUUUCCCUGCCUGGAAAGAGCUGAAGGGCAUGGGGCUGAUGGGCUUUGCCUUCCCUGUGCAGGGGAUUUUGUGAGCAAGCAUGGCUGUGUGGGAGGGGAUGCGGGUUUCCUACCUCU